AGGAUGACACGCAAAAUCGUGAAGCGUUCCACAUUUUUUCUGACGGGAUCGGCCCGGUGGACGCCGAUGUUAGGGUUCAGGCUCGGCGGGCCCUGCUUGAUAAAUGGCGCGCCAGCCUAGACACGAGAGCAGGCGCGCCGGGGCUGAGGGUCCUCAAGGCCGUCCUUCCAAACUGGGACGUUUGGUUGGACGGUGACGGGCCUCCCCUGACCUACAGGGUGACGCAGGUGCUCACCGGGCACGGGUGCUUCAGUGAGUACCUGCACCGAAUCGGGAAAGAGGCGACCGCGCAUUGCCACCACUGCGAUGCGGAUGUGGACUCGGCGCAGCACACGCUGGAGCAUUGCCCGACGUGGGCGGUGCUGCGCCACUCCCUCAUCGUGGAAAUAGGAUGGGACCUCCCGCCACCGGCGAUCCUUGAGGCACUGCUGGUGAGCGAGAGAGAUAGGAGGGCCGUGACCUCCAACGAGCAGGUUAUGCUCCGGAAGGAGGCGGCAGAGCAGGUGAGGGAGCGGGACUCCCACCCUGAGAGGACCGGCCGGCAGGGGCGCGGCAGAAGCCGUGGACGCGUCUGGGCGAGGCGCGCUAGGGCCGCCGCUCCCUCCGCUGGGGUUUAAACUUAAACGUUGGCAAGGCCAGAGGUUUUAAUCGGUUAGAGUCCGACACUACCACGCCGCUUUUCCUCAGAAGCGGCCGAGCAGAUUUUCUCCACGUAAAAAAGAAAAGAAGUAUAAUGUCUAUAGUGAUUUAUAAUGUAAAUUGUAAUAAUAAUAAAAAAAGAAUUAUAGUUUUCGCGAUAUACACUAAUAAAAUGGCAUCUAAGACUGAAGACAACUCUGUGAUCAAUUAGUCAUUAUUUUUUUAAAACUCGUCUUAUUUUCCUUUUUAUGUCAUUUUUUAAAUAAACUGUCUAUGAACAUUCACAGAUGUUAUACAUAUGUUACUUGCAAAUUACAGUUUGGGACCGAAACUGGUCAUAAGUCAUAGUGCAAGGGUGCGUACUAUGUUCGUAUUCGUGCAUGUACAUAUGUAUAUAGUAUAGUAUAUGUAAUUAGUGUAUGCUCCACGAAGGCAGUUCUAAGAAAUGGAGGGGAUAGCAGCGGUCAUAAUGCGAGCUGUGUUGCCAGGAUCUGAAAUGGCAACAAACAAAUCAUUGUUUAUGAACGGUUUCAAAGAAGAUUGCGAACAAUUAAUUACUCGCUUUGAACGUGCAGAUAACAUUAGAUUUGAAACUUUUUGUGAUAUCUGGAAAGCAAUGAAGUUUUCACUAGUCUUUGCGGGCCGUCCAUCCUUUUUGGAACUAUUAGAAUUUUGCGAAGAAGCAUUACAUAUAUGUAAACAAUUCAUUCUUCUACCCCCUCGUUUUAAAGAACGUAUUGGAGGAUUAUAUCUUUUAUAUGGAAUAUACUUCAAAAUGCCAAUAGAUCAAUUUAGAAUUAAAAUUAAACUAGAUGAUUGGAAAAGUAUUCUGGAACUUCAUGCAGAAAUAAAAGAAGCAGAACAUUUAGAUGCUAAUUAUAUAUUGUGUAAACUAAUUGCAAGUAAUGCAUUUCAUUUCUGUCUUUUUGAUUCAGAGUAUGGUAUGGAAAAACCAUAUAUUGUAAAGAAUUCACAGUGUUUUAAUCCAUAUUCUAUAUUGCCAACACUAAAAGAUUUAAGUGACAAGAAUCAAAUAUUGUCAAAAAUUAAUGAACUUAGUAAAGCUUAUGAACAGAAGAAAGAAGCAUCAAAAUUAAUAAAUCUAUCAGAUGCUAGUUUAAAAUUAUUCAAUUCAAAUAUUGCACAGGAAAUCAUUAAUGAUAUUCAAGAGUUUGAAGAACAGAGAAGGGAUCAACAGAAAAAUACAAUUGAUUUUGAAAAACCAUCUUGUUCUACUUUAAAAGGACAAUCUUCAAACGAGCAUACAAAAUUUCAAUUAAGAGGGCCUGCCAAACGCAAAAUGCGACCAUUAAUUGAUGGUAUUGAACCUGAAAGUGAAUCUGAAGAAGGUGAAGUAUUAGAAAGUGAUGAUUCAUAUUCGGAGUUACCAAUAGAUUCAUAACAGCAAAGGAGAGAAAAAGAUACGAAAUAUACAUCUUUCAUACUAUACAAAAUAAGUACAAGGAACAAGUCAGUGGAAAUAUCAAUCAUUCUAAAUUUUAAGAAAACUUUUUGUAGAAUAUAUUGUACUCUACCUUACUGUAACUGUGUUUUGCACAGACUUUAAGUAAAGACAAUUCAAUUAAAUGGCUAAACGUCUUUAAAAUGGAUUAAAUUUCUAAACUUAAAAACUGAGUAAAAUGUAUUAUAGAUUUCGUGAAGAAGUUACUUUAUCAGAGAUUAAUUUUCAAAGAUGUAACUUUCCAUUUUCAUGUAGCUUUAUGUAUAUUUACGGCAUUAAAAUUAAAUCUAUAUACUGAA